AUGGGUCGUGGUCCUGGGUUCGAUUACGUUGGCUGUGGAUACGAAGCUGCGCGAGGAGGCGCGAUAAAUAGCGGCUUCCUCUUGCUCUUCGAUUACGUGCAAACGCAGAGACCCAUCACCGCACAGAGAGCCGGAACAUUCUUCGCAGGUUGUUUUCUCUAUCAGGCUUUGCAGUGUCCGCUCGAGGCCUACACGCGGAGACGGUCGUGCACGCACAACUUUUUCGCUGGCGGAUUACUUGGUGGAAUGGGUGUGUAUUACCAGCAAAUAGGCGUACCGUUUGUCUCCGAGAACCUAUUAUAUGGCAGAAGUAGACCUUUUCCGUGGCUUAGGCCGUGGCACGCUGGUUUUGCUGUGUAUGGCGGCAUAGCGAUGACAUUCGCUGCCCUGAUGGGGAAACCCUUCUGAACAAGAUGUAGAAUUGUAGAUCUACUUCUCAUCCCCUGUUUCUUCGACUAAAAGGUAGGAAAUUUUGAAUUCCGAAU